CGUCAAAUCAGUUGGUCGGCGCAGUCCAACGCGUGAGGUACGUUCCGUCGGGAAAAUUGGGAAAUCGGUGCGGAAAACUAUAGCGGCUGUUAACCGAUUUUGUGCUGUGACAAAUGGGAUUUGGUUGUGGACAAUUGUGAAAUUAAGUCAGCAAAAAACUAAGCUGAUUUAUUGUGACAAAAAACCUCAGCUUCAACUGUUCUAAACAGAACAACUUUUAAAAAAUUUAUUGAAAUAAAUUUAAAAAAAACUGUGAAAACUAAAUACUUGCACUUUUUCUCAUCGAUUGACACACAUUUGAUGAGAACAAAUAGCCAAACUUAAAUAAAUCAACCGAAAAUAAUGUCAACGAAAUCGAUGGCAUCCAAUUGCAGCUGCAGCCUGUUGCUGCAGUGUCUGUUCGUGUUGCUGGUGCUGCCGGCAGCAUUUCAGGCAAUCCGAAUCCCCAAGAACAGCAGCAGCAACAAUGUACCAACAGCAUCGACAUCGGCAACAUCUGCUGACAACAAUGCCAAGGCUGGUAGCAAAUAUGAGAUACGCGGCGUUGCCGGUGAACCAAAUUACAAAUCGGUGAAUCUGACCUGGGAAGUUGAAUUCGUGCCGGCGGCCCAUGACACAGAUUCGAGCUCCACCAACACCGAUUCCCACUCCAAAUCGGGAGCCAGCUCCACCUCGGGCCAGGUGAAUGUGACAAAUAUGAGCUUCGAUGUGGAACCGCCCCGGGCUUUUCAGAUCUUCUACUGCGAAAUGCAGAACUACGGUCCCCAGCGGUGUCGCGUCAAAUUGGUGAACGGAACAGCGGCCGAGGUGUCCCAUGAGGAAAACCAGAACGAGGCGGAGAAUCAGGAGUUACACGAUCCCUUAAGUCCACAGAUCCAGCACUUUGCCGCUGCCGUGGACAACCUGCGGAUGGCCACCAGAUACAGUUUCCACAUCCGCCCGGCGGCGCAGAGACGCCUCCAGGCGAGCGGUACCCGAAGCUCCAAUGCCCGUUCCGAGUUCCAUGACGAAAAUGAAAUCGAAAGUGGAUCCGGCCACCUGCCAGGCCAGAGCAUUAUCAUUCCCACCAAAGGCUUCUCCGCCCAUGCCACCCAAUGCCUGCCACAUGCCUCAGAAAUUGAGGUGGAAACGGGGCCAUACUUUGGAGGUCGCAUUGUUGUCGAUGGUGGCAACUGCGGGGUCAAAGGUGAUCCCAGUGACUCUGCCGAUAAGUAUACGAUGAGAAUUGAUCACAAAGAAUGCGGCAGCAUGGUGAAGCCAGAAACAAACACAGUGGAGACAUUCAUUACGGUGCAGGAAAACUUGGGGAUCUUUACUCACAGUACCAGACGAUUCGUUGUAGUCUGCAGCUACCAGUCAGGCAUGCAGACCGUUCGCGCCAGCUUCACUGUUCCUGGAAAGAACGGAGUAGCCGCCGCCUAUGAGCCCAACGAUCCCUUCGAGCCCGACGAGGAUCAACGUCUAGGAAGGGAACUCCGACAGAUGCGCUAUGUGAACAAGAGUGAACUGGUGCUCCGGGAGCCGAACUCCCAGCCGGAAGCCGAGUCCGUGGAAGAAGCAGCGGUGGUGCAGGAAACCCAACCACCAAGCACUGAGCAGACUGCCACACUCCGGGGACAGGGCCGAUCUCUGAACCUCAAUGAGGUGCAGCAGCAGAAUGUGGCCGAGGAGCCGGCGGAGGGCAACCAUCUGGAGCCGGUGGUGGGCACCAAGUACGCCAAACUGGUUGUGGACCAGGCCCACAAUUCAUGGAUGCCGCUGGAGGCGGGUUCGCCACCACUCGGUGGCGACAACGAGGAUGAAGCUAUCCUGCGUUAUAUUGGCUCCCAUCUGAGCAGCGUGCUGGUAACCGUUUCGCUAUCUGUGAUAAUCAUCAGCAUUUGCAUCAUUUUGUUGCAACGCCAGCGGAUCCGCUCGCCUCCCCGCUUCGGCGCCCCCUCCCUGGCCGCCCACCUGCCGCACAAGACGCUGCCGCGUGCUCUGCAGCACCAGCAGUAUCAAUGCACCUUGUAGGUGCACUUCCAGCUCCUCUGGUUCCCCAAUCUCCUAGCUAUGCCCACUUGUCUUGCUGAAUAGCUACAAAAAAACCUUCGUUUAGCUGAAGAUGACUGCGCAUAGCCACGCCCCCGCCUCCAAUUGCAGUUCUCAAAACUGAAAUGCAACGGUACCAGCGAGAUCAUCAUCCUCAAAAAAAAAAGAAAUUUACAUAAUUGUGAACUCGUCUUGUUUGGCUCUGGUCGGAGCUUUAACUUUU